GGAAAGAGAGAUCUGAUCGAUGGAGAUAGAGGCGGCGGCGGGGAGAAGAGGGGACGUAGAGAGCGGCGGCGGGGUGGCGUACCUGGUGUGGCAAGAGCUGAGGGUGGUGCUGCCGAACGUGGGGCAGGGCCCAACAAAGAAGCUGCUUCAUGGGAUCAGCGGCUACGCUCAGCCCGGUCGGAUUAUGGCCAUCAUGGGCCCUUCUGGUUCCGGCAAAUCCACCCUUCUCGACUCCUUGGCAGGUAGGCUAUCAAGCAAUGUUGCGAUGACAGGUGAUAUUCUUCUUAACGGGAAGAAGAGGCGAAUGAGCUAUGGCGUUGUCGCGUAUGUAACACAAGAAGAUGUGUUGCUGGGAACACUAACACCAAGAGAAGCCAUCACAUACUCGGCAAAACUGCGCCUCCCAACCACCUUAAGUAAUGAAGACAUAAGAGGAAUUGUGGAGGGAACGAUCCUGGAAAUGGGGCUCGUGGAUUGCGCCGAUCGGGUGGUGGGGAAUUGGCAGAUGAGAGGCAUAAGUGGCGGGGAGAAGAGGCGGUUGAGCAUUGCACUCGAAAUCCUUGUGCGCCCUCACAUACUGUUUCUUGAUGAGCCUACUAGCGGUCUUGACAGCGCCUCCGCUUUCUUUGUGGUCCAAGCUCUUAAAAACAUCUCUCGCGAUGGGAGAACAGUUAUCUCUUCUAUUCAUCAGCCCAGCAGUGAAGUGUUUGCUUUGUUUGAUGACCUCUAUUUGCUCUCCGGAGGAGAGACCGUUUAUUUCGGAGAGGCCAAAACCGCUGUUCAGUUCUUUGCUGAAGCGGGAUUUCCAUGUCCAAGUAGAAGAAAUCCAUCUGACCACUUUCUACGCUGUAUCAAUUCUGACUUUGACAUUGUCACUGCAACAUUGAAAGGCUCAAUGCGUCUUCAGGAAACAGAUAAGAGUGAUUAUCUGAUGAAUAUGGCUACAGCAGAUAUCAAAGCUAUGCUUGUUGAAAAGUUUAAAAGAUCAGACUACGGUGCGAGGGCCAGAUCAAGGUUGCAAGAGCUCUCUAAAACUCAUGAUAUUGAAAUAGAAACAAUAAAAGGAAGUCAAGCAGGAUGGGGAAAACAACUAGUGACAUUGACUCAGAGAUCAUUUGUGAACAUGAGAAGGGACCUGGGAUACUAUUGGUCACGCAUAAUUAUCUACAUAAUUGUAUCAGUAAGUGUUGGGACCCUAUUUUUCCGUGUGGGGACCAGUUAUACUGCAAUCUUAGCUCGCGGAGCUUGUGGCGGAUUUGUUACAGGAUACAUGACAUUUAUGUCCAUCGGAGGCUUCCCUUCGUUUGUAGAAGAAAUGAGAGUAUUUACCAAAGAAAGGCUAAAUGGACACUAUGGAGUUGGAGCUUUUAUAUUAGCCAACUUCUUUUCUUCCCUGCCAUUCUUAGUAGCAGUUGCACUCAUUACAGGGACUAUCACAUUUUACAUGGUGUUCCAGGCCAGCUUUGCCCAAUAUGUAUUCUUCUGCUUAAAUCUCUUUGGAUGUAUUGCUAUGGUUGAGAGCUGCAUGAUGAUUGUCGCUUCCCUGGUUCCCAACUUUUUAAUGGGAAUCAUUACUGGUGCUGGCGUUCUGGGAAUUAUGAUGAUGACAGCUGGAUUUUUCCGCUUGUUGAAUGAUCUUCCCAAAGUGUUUUGGCGCUAUCCAAUUUCGUUCAUAGGUUACGGGGCAUGGUCUCUGCAGGGAGCAUACAAGAACGACAUAAUUGGACUUGAAUUCGAU